AUGAUAAUAUUGAUUAUUUUAAUUAUUUUAAAAAAUACAAAUGCAAGUUGGGAUGAAAUAGAUUGGACACAAAUUGAAGUUAAUGAAGAAAAAUCAAUUGAAUUAUUAUUAAAUGAGAAAUCGAAUGAUUAUUGUAAUGAAACUGAAGUAAUAGGAAGAUAUUUAAAUAUUAGUACAAAAUUUAAUAAUAUCAAAGUUAGUAUAAGUUAUUCAGGAUAUUCAUUUAUUCAUAUUUUUGAAGAAAGAGGAGAGAGUCAUAAAUGUUAUGAACAAAAAUAUUCAGAAAAAGGAAGUAUUAAAGUAAUUAUUAAUACUAAGAAAGGAUAUGGAUAUAUAAGAAUAGGAACUGAUCAAAGUAAUAGAACAACAAAAUAUAUUAUGAAUAUUAAUAUAAUGGAAUAUAAUUAUUUUAAUGAAAUAAUAUUUAUAUCAUUGUUAUACAGUAUUGCACUUAUAUUAUUAUUAAUUGUUACUUUAAUAUUAAUUGGAUUUUAUUUCUAUUCUAAUAGAAAAUUUAAAAGAAAUCAAGAUUCUCAACAACUUGAAGAACAAAAUGUUGUUUAUCAACAUUCUUCUUUAGAAAAUUCAGAAAUAAUAAAUUCUAAUAUUUAA